GUCGCUUCAUCCUCAAAUCACUUGACUAUACUAUCAAUUCCACGACCAAACCAGUCACUUCUGUCGUUAUUAAUCUAGCUGAAGCAUUUGUCGAUCAAUAUGUUUUUCAAAGCCCUCUUGCAGGCUUCUCUGGCACUACCAUUGCUAUACACGACCGCUUCGGCACAGACAGCAUGUAAUAACUCGCCUUCGCUCUGCGAUAAGGCGUACAACAACAUAACACAUCUCGGGGCUCACAACUCCCCAUUCCUUCGAGACUCGACCACGUCGUUCUCUACAUCGGGCAACCAAUACUACAACACUAGGACACAACUCGAAUCAGGUGUUCGACUAUUGUCUGGGCAGGUCCACAAGAAGAACAACACAAGUGGAAACAGCGCAUGGCAUAUGUGCCAUAGCAGCUGUGAUCUCUUGGAUGCAGGUACUUUAGAAGAAUGGCUCAGCGAGAUCAAGUCAUGGAUGGACAGCAACCCGAACGACGUAGUCACGGUCCUGUUGGUGAACUCUGACAAUGCCUCACCAGCUGAGCUGGGUGCAUCUUUCGAGUCUACUGGGCUCGAUAAGUUGGCCUACUCACCUCCGUCACUAUCUCAACCUCCCGAGACGUGGCCCACUCUUCAGUCUCUCAUCUCGAACGGGACAAGGCUGAUGACUUUCGUUGCUUCGCUCACCCCGAGUGCUCAGUACCCUUACCUCAUGGACGAGUUCACAUUUAUAUUUGAGAACGACUUCGAGAACGAGACGCCGACCGCCUACUCCUGCACACCCAACCGACCAAGUCCACUCACCACAGAGCAGGCCGCCACUUCCGGCCGCAUGUUCUUCAUGAACCACUUCCUCUACUCUGUCCAGCUCUUUGGUAUUCAAUCCCCCAACGACACCUACAUCGGCACGACCAAUGCCCAGACCGGACUUGGAUCUCUAGGUGAAGCCAUCACGAGCUGCACUGGUGUCUACAGCAAGCCGCCUACCUUCGUGCUCGUCGACUUCUUCAACGUCGGACCAGCCAUUGGGAGCGUCGACACAGCGAACAGCGUCUCCAACCCCACUGGCCGCAGGAGCGCACCCGCCGAGGUAUUGCAAGAGACAUCUGGUGUAUCACGACAGCAAGGAAGCAUGUUUGCAGUCGUGGUAGCCGUUGUCGCUGCCAUCUCGUUUGGCAUGUAAAAUGAACAUUUUUGUAUUAUUUCCUUCCUUAAUUAUUUUUUACUAGUUUGGAACGGGUCAAAAGGCAUUUGGGCAUGAAGGAACGAUCUCACAUAUGUGCAUGGCGACGGCGUUUUUUUCUUCUUCUUUUCAUAUUUUUAUCAUACAUACUGCACUCGGCGUAGUCAGUAUCCCAAGACUACUAAUUCACUAGUAGCAGAUCGCGAUGGAAGCGAUUAGAUGAUUUGCAUUUCGCAUGGACGGAAAACACUCUCUUGCUAGCUACUCGUAUCGAUAGCACAUAGAUAGUUGAUGUUUAAUCGACUUUGGCCAGACCAAAAAGCGCCAAAUGAAACACUUGCAAAGACCAUCCCCACAAUCGUGCAUCUAACUUGUGCUGCUAACACUUU